AAGAAAUGCAGAGGUACUUUUAAAAAGAUACAUGUAUGUCGUUCGGGUUGCGAUGACAGAUUCGAGCUGAAAAGAGUCAAGAGUCAAGAGUUCUCGAAAUGGGAUCAUCAGACGAAGAAAAUGAACGUCUCGCGCAUCCCAGCUUUUGGGAUCAGCGUUAUGCUCAAGCCGAAGGAGAUCGACCAACUCAUGAGUGGUUUAGGAAUUUCGCUGAACUCGAGGCUUUUCUUGAUCGGAGACUCUUUCAAACCCGUAGUCCCAACACAAAUCCGCGAAUUUUACAUUUAGGGUCGGGAGAUAGUGACGUGCCGGUGGGGUUAUGGGAAAGGGGGUACAAGAACCAGCUCUGUGUCGACUUUUCGACGGUCGUCGUGGAUCUCAUGUCUAAACGACACUCCAGUAUGGAGGGUAUCGAAUGGAAGCAUGGUGAUGUCCGCCAUUUGGAUGACAUCCCUGAAAAGUCCAUAGAUGUCGCCUUUGAUAAGGGAACCUUAGACGCGAUGAUCCAUGGUAGUCCCUGGAGUCCACCCGACGAUGUUAAACAGAAUACUGGUCAAUACAUCCGCGAGGUAAAUCGAGUCCUCAAAGAUGAUGGGGCAUUCCUUUACGUGACAUACCGACAGCCGCAUUUCAUAACACCUCUACUGAAUUGCGAAGGAACUAGCUGGGAGAUCGAGAUGGAGGUUCUCGGUGAUGGUUCUGGUUUCGGCUAUCACGGUUUUAUCUUGACAAAGACGAAACCUUGAAGCGCAUCUCAUCAAUUCUCCAAGAUCUACGAAAUGCAACCAAGGCUCAAAGUCACUACGCAAUUAUAGUAGUCACACACCCAAAUAUUUAAGAGAAUAUACCGAGGAUGAUGGUUUUUUCUCAACAACUUACGCCUGUCUCAAAUUACGACGGGACAGUGGUAUGUCUUAGUUCAUGGAGAUACCACGCA